AUGAAGAUCCUGAAAGCAAAUGCUUCUGCAGAUUGGAAGGAGCUUUCGAUACUCCGUCAUAUGGCGGACUCAGACCUUGAUCACCCCGGAAAAGAACAUGUCAUUGAACUACUCGAUCAUUUCUAUCAUGCAGGUCCAAAUGGCACUCACUUAUGUCUGGUUUUUACGGUGAUGAUCUCGGACGUGCAGGAAAUGAUAGUCACAUGGACACCACGACAGGCGGGAUAUGUACGAAGCAUGUCGCGCCAGAUCCUCCUGGGGCUUGACUUUCUUCACAGAUCUGAUAUUGUCCACUGUGACCUACAGCCAGGAAACAUCAUGGUAUCGGUUACAGACGCGAUAGAAAAUUCUGAGGACCUCCUAGAGCCACCACAGUUUAGCCCAGUCCGAUGGCUAGAGGGGGUGACAAAGGAUGACAGUGUCCCGGAAUACUUGAUGCCUUCACAGAGACGUUACAACCAACUGAAGAAUGUCCACCACUCCAGGCUUGUGGUCAAAAUCGGGGAUUUAGGUGGCGCUCAAUUUCGGAGACGGUGCGACGAGCGGCCUGUAACCCCACUGUCACUACGCGCGCCUGAGAUCAUACAUGGGUGUCCUUGGGAUUGGACCAUCGAUAUCUGGGCAUUAGGGUGCUUGAUAUUCGAACUAGCAACGAACGAGCCACUCUUUCCACUUGGUACCUUCGGUAUUCCAAGAGAGGAAGUCAAUAAAGAGCAUCUGGAACUUAUUGACGAGCAACUGAGUGAUCCUGCCGGACAGGGUGGAUUCGUUGCAUAUCUUGCCGAGCGACUGCCGGAUGACUUUGGGGCUGAGGAUGUACAGGGUCUAGCUAAGUUCCUUUUGCUGAUGCUGCGGGUUUCUCCUGGGGAAAGGCCGUCCACGAAGGCUUUACUAGACCAUGCAUUUACUGUGGCGGUGCCAUAG